UAACCGACCAGAAUGACUGGCUUUGUUUUUAAAGUGAUCGCUGGCUUUGAGAUGUGUUCUAUGUAUUCAAAUUAGGAAAAGACACGUUAUAUAAGCAGCAAAGAUCAGUUUGCAGUAUUUUGGAAUCAUAACAGAAACAGCGGACGAAGUUCUUGAUCUUCACAUGAACAGAGAAAGAAGAAGAGAGAAUCAGAGAGGGGAUGGAGACAGAGGACGAUGGGCCAAUAAAAAAGAAUAUAUUCUGGUUGUUGCAGGAAAUGUGGUCGGCUUGGGCAAUGUUUGGAGAUUUCCUUACCUCUGCUACAAGAAUGGAGGAGGUGCCUUUCUGGUGCCAUAUAGUCUGUUAGCUGUGGUGGUUGGGAUACCUCUGUUCCUACUGGAGAGUUCAGUUGGUCAAUACACCCAGGAAGGGUUCAUCACCUGUUGGAGGAAAUUGUGUCCACUUGCACAAGGAAUUGGAUAUGCACAUUUUGUGUUGAAACUUUAUGACUUCAGCUACAUUAUGAUCCAAGUCUGGGCUCUCUUCUACCUGGUGUUCUCAUUCAGAUCCCAGCUCCCCUGGGCCACAUGUGACAACACCUGGAAUACAGUGAACUGUAUGAGUCUUCAGACUUUGGAUUCUAUGUCGCCAAAUGUGACAGCAAAUCAGACCAUGUUGACCAACACCACCUCUGCUGCUACUGAAUUUUGGGAACGGAGGGUGCUGGCCAUGUCUGGAGGCAUUGAGGAGCUGGGCAGUGUGAGAUGGGAGCUGGUUUUGUGUCUUCUGGCCUGCUGGGUGUUCGCCUACUUCAGUAUUUGGAAAAGUGUCAGAUCCUCUGCAAAGGUAGCAUACUUCACUGCCACCUUCCCCUACGUGAUGCUCCUGAUAUUGCUCAUCAGGGGAUUGACUCUACCUGGAGCUUGGGAAGGGAUCUACUACUACCUGUAUCCAGAUUUGAACGGCCUGGCUAACCUUGAGGUCUGGAUAGAGGCAGGAUCUCAAAUAUGCUUCUCCUACAGCGUGUCCACAGGUACUCUGAGUGUUUUGAGCAGCUAUAAUGACUACAAGAACAACUGCUACAAGGACUGUUUCUGGCUCUGUCUGCUGAACAGUGGGACCAGUUUUGUUGCUGGAUUUGUCGUCUUCUCUGUACUUGGAUUCAUGGCUCAGAAACAGGGUGUUACUGUCGACGCUGUGGCUGAGUCUGGUCCAGGUUUGGCCUUCAUUGCUUACCCACAGGCAACAGCUUUGAUUCCUUUACCACAGUUCUGGACUGUCUGCUUUUUCCUGAUGAUGAUUUUCCUCAGUGUUGACACACAUUUUGUGACAGUUGAGUGUUUUGUCACCUCAGUGAGUGACUUGUUUCCGAAGCUGUUUCGUAAACCAGGAAGACAUGAGAUCUUUGUCCUCGUCGUUUGUUCAUCCUUCUUCCUCAUACAUCUGACUUUGGUCACUGAGGGAGGGAUUUACCUAUUCCAGCUUAUUGAUUAUUAUGGUUGUACCAGAGCUUUUCAUUAUUUCAUGGCUUUAUCUGAGUGUCUGGCUCUGGCUUGGGGUUUUGGUGCUGACCGUGUUAUUAACAUCAUUGAGGACAUGACUGGACAGAGACCAUCUGUUUUCUUCAAAGUGUGCUGGAGAUACAUCAUUCCUCUGCUGUCACUGAUUUCCUUUAUCCUGUACCUGGUUGAUUACACACACCUCAGGAUUAACGACAGGUACGUUUACCCCAACUGGGCCUAUGCUCUAGGCUGGACCUUGACGCUCUCCUCUGUUCUCAUGGUGCCACUGUGGGCAGCUGGACAGAUGUGUUUGACAGCAGGCACCUUCAGACAGCGUUUGUCUGUCCUUCGUCAUCCUGUUGAAGAUCCAGUCUCACAGAGAAGAAAAAUGGAAGAGGAUGGGAUACAUGUGGAGCUGAGGACGUCUGCAGAGACAUCUUAGUGCCGUCUGCAAAGUCACAUCAGCUAGACACUUCAUCUGUCAUUGGUUAAACUUAUUGUAUUCAGUGUGGCUAAAAUGUAUUUAAAGACAGAUUUUUGUGCUGAAAUGAUUAGUUGAUGAAUCAUCUUAAUGUAUCAUUUAAGUCAAAUGAUUUUUGCUUGUUCCAGCAUCUUAAAUGUGAGGAUUUGCAGCUUUUGUCAGCGUCAUAUAAACAAAGUAUAUAUUUAAACAUAUUAUAAAUUAAACAUUUAAUCACUGACACUGAAAAUCAUGAGUUUCUACUUUAGCUCUAUACAACUGUGGUGAGGAUACUUUAUGUUUGGUUUUGUACUGAUGUCUGGGUGUUUUAUUUUACAUUUUCAAGUGUAAAAUAAAGACUAUUGUUCAAGAUGAUUGGGGCAUAUUUUGAACUUCCCACUGAAUUAUUUAUAGAGUUAACACACGGUUUGGACAAAAUGUAUCCACAGCAAA